UUUACUUAAGAAACAAACAAAAAAAGCACCAGAAUAGUGUUAAUAAAUUAUAAAUUGUGUAGAUGUUGUAUCCUUUCAGGUGAAACUGUUGUAAUCCGCCUUUAAAGCAUUUCACGGAUGCAGGAAGAAAAAAAAAAACACUUGCAGCUCCAUUAGAUCCGCUUUAGUCGCAGCCUGGUGUUAAAGCUCGGGCUGGAAGUGUGUGACACACCUGUGUGGAUGUUUACACCCUGUAAUCUUCACUGAAUAAACCUUAUGCCAUCGUUAGAUGCUUUAUUAUUUCCGCCACCGUUCAUUUUCCUCUGCUUUUCGGACAGGUGUUCGGGCUAUAGGGCAUUGACUCCAGGUCGAGCUGGAAAUGAUGCACACAAACAGGGAAGAAGUGAGUACCACGGAUCAGUCAGCAGAAGACGACAUGACUGAGGGAGAUCUAGGGGAUGGCAGCCAGUCUAUAGGUGGGAACCGUCAGUCAUGGGACUUUGUGGAUCUGCCACCCAACAUGAAACCCUCUAAAUAUGGCAGUGAGAGAAAUUAUGACUCUUUCUCCUGGACAUCAUGCAGUGCAAUGUAUAGCGCUUUUAGAAAGGAGCUGGAGGCAGAGCGGAUCUCUCAGUGGAGGAUCAGAGAGCCAGAGAUCAAUGCCGGUGAGUCCAGUGAAUCAUUGCAGAGGAGACUGCAGGAAGUCACAGAGGAAGUGGAGCUGUUGAAGACAGAACUAGAAGUGACACAUCGACAUCUUGAAGGCAAACAUGAAGCACUGAGAAUCCUUCAAGGACAAGCCAUAUUAGAUAAAGCAACAAGUCACACCAAGAUCCUGCUGCAGAAGAGUGAAGAGCGAACCAAAGCUUUGGAGAAGGAGGUGAACGCAUUGCAGUGGGAGAUCACCUUCAACCAGGUUCAGUUUAAGAACUUAGAGCAGGCUUGGGAGCUGAAAUAUAACAGGGUGUGUGCAGAGAACGAGGCCUUGAGCAAAGAUCUUGAUGAGAAACUAGAACAGUUCCAGGAGCUGCAGAACGAGAACAUGUCAUUGAGUCAGCAGUGUCUGGAGCUCCUGGGCCUACUGAGUGCUCAGGAGAGAAGAGACUUCCAGAAGACCCAACCGCCUUGCAGCCAAAGUAGAGAGGGAACUGCACUGGAGCUGGCUGUGUAUGGGGCGUGUAAAUGCAGCUCCGGUGCAGGAGAGCCAUGUUCCUGUGCGAAGAGUGCAGCUGCAAGCCGCAAACAAGUCCUUCAGCUAAAACAAGAGCUGGAGCUUCAGAGGAGGAGAAAGGAUGAAGCGUACGUGAUGGUGGACGCGUUCCGCAUUGCUUUCGAGCAGCAACUGAGGAGAGGAAGCGAGAAAGUAUUGCAGCUGGCAGAGAGUGAUACAUACACACGAGAGAGAGGGAUGCAAGGUUCGGCUGGCGUGACUCAGGCGAUGAGGAGAUUUCUGCCGUCUCUCAGAGAAGGAAAUGUCCUGAGCAACCCAAAAAAAAACCUCCAGCUACUGCUCGAUCUGCUGAGUGAUAAAGAGGAGGCCUUGGCCCAUCAGAGGAAGGUCAGCUACAUGUUAGCGCAGAGAUACGAGGACCUGGAAAAACGUGUUCAGGCACAGCUCAAAGACCUGGACACACCACACAAUGGGGCUGAAUUUAAAUUGGACAGAUCCAGAUGCACAGUGGACGCUAAAGCUGAUCAUCUGUCAUGUUCAUGUGAUAAACGACCAGGGGUCAUGGAUAAUCAUGAAGAGAAGACUAUCGUGGCAGUUGAACAAAAUGAGGAAGAGGGGUAAACAGGAGGAGGAAAAGAGAUCAAGACAUUCACUUACAAAAUUUGAUCAAAAAUCCCCAAGUUUGCAGUUUGUGGAGAGUUUCUGCAAGGAUUAAGUAUAUUUUCUAUGAAAAAUGUAAUGAACUUUCUGUAUGCUGGAAUGUCAUAAGCCACAAAAUGAUAUUUUAGUUAUUAGGAAAUGACUACUAUUGUUUAUGAGGCAUUGUUUGUUUUAGCCAUUUUGUCUAGCACAUUUUUCAUCUUUAUUUUGAUCCUGCUCUCUUGCGCUAAUCAGAUCUUAACAUAUUUUGAGCCAUUUUAAUGAUUUUUUUUUUUGGGUCAGAUAACAAGGGUGUGGAAAAGUAUAGAAAUGAUAUCUGAAAGUAGAAAUCUUGCUAAAUGAAAGUGGAAGUAUCUCAAAAUGUAUUUGAAAAGUUGAUUCUUUUAUAGUGCUAAAGUUUUAAAAAGUAGAAUGUAAAUGUUUUAACAGAUGAUUGGCUGCCUUCAAUUAAAAUGUUAAUCAAAUGCAAUGAAAAUGUGUCCUCUCUUUGGAUGUAUAGAGUUUAGUCAGUUGGUAGACAAGAAAUGAAAAGUCCUUUUGAGAUUUAGAUGUAAAAGACUAAAUGUUAGAAAUUUCUUGUUAGAAAAAGAUAGUUAUUUAAUUGAAUUAAAAAAAAAUACUCAGGGAAAAAUGUAUUUAAAAAAAUUCUAGUAAAAGUUACUUUUACUGUUAAAACAGUUACAGUUACUGUUUUGAUUCCGCUCCUGUCUGUAGAACCAUAAACCAGAGAAUUUAAAAGAUGUUUGUGUG